AUGACAUCUACCGCUAAUCCUUCCAUAACGUUGGUAUGCAACGAGAUUCUGGAUAUUAUCUUAGAUUACGCCCUCAAUAAAUUCGAUGACACAAAGGAUCGACAUAGCGCGGGUAAGCCCAAGUUUUUGUCAGUUAUCGAGAAGUUCGUCAGCAGUGGAACACCGGUGGAAAUGUGCCUUCCAGCAUUUCCCUUCAAGUCAUCAAACAAGGUCCAUAAAGUCUUCGGCAUUCUACCUGACAAAGCCGAAGAGAUUGCUCUUGAUCGACUAAACACAAUGUGUUUGCGAAUUGGAGAAGUGUACCAGCCUGGCGCUAAGUGCACAAUCAUUUCAGAUGGCCUCGUCUAUAAUGAUCUACUAUGUAUAUCAGAUCGCGAUACAUGGGCAUACGGAGAGGCCUUGCGUACAAUGUCUAUCGACAAAGGCUUCGACCACAUUGGCUUCUCUAGAAUCCAAGACUUUGUCAAUUUUCCAUUGCCAGAAAAGCUAGACGAGAUCACUUACGUUGCCAAUGCCACCAACUUUCGUCUAUCUAUGAUUAAUAGAUGGGGUAAAGAAAAUAUCAAUAUUGAAGAUGAGAUCGCCAACAACCCGGAUACAAAAAUGACUUAUCUCGGAUAUCGAAGAUUUCUUGAAUCGGAUUUGCGAUAUAUUUUCCCCCUGGGCAACGGUCGAAGCAACACCAGUUACAAGAAAAAUGUGAGAUACCUCGCUAAGCAGAUGUUGAUUCGAGGAUAUGCUUUUGCUGGCGCGGUCAAAUAUGCUUUUCCAAACCAUUUACGUCUUUCCAUCCAUCAGUCAACAGGUGAUCAUAAGAUUUCCAUGAGUUUGCUAAAUACCAAAACUGGCUUUACGACGCCUUGGCAUUGUAGCGUUGCUUUGAUGGCGGAUGGGGAGUGGAUAAGCGCUCCGAUGGGGGAUUUUAAGGAAAAUGAUAAAUUGGAAGUUGUGUACGAAGAUGGCCGUCCCAGCUAUUUCAAAGAGAGAAACGUUAUCGAGAAUCGGGUAGAUGACACAAAAUCAUCAACUAACCUAAAAAUAUCGAACGUUUUUGAAGGGAACUCUUCCAGGUUCAUGGACGACAAAAACGCUGCUUCCGAGAAAUUCCAACACCAAUCCUCUGUAGUAGUAUCAAUACUAGCCAUUUAG